CAUUCUUCGAAGGCUGACCAAAAAAAAAAAAACACUCUUCGAAAUUGUAGAAUUUUGGUAACUGUCAGUGGUUUGAACUUGGAAAUGUCUCUCCCAAGUCAGAAAUUUAUGUCAAUCGAGAGUCAUGAAGAGGGGUUUGGAAAUGUUCCGAGGUGGGAAAAUAUGAAUAAAGACAUACUUUCCAACAUUUUCAAGAAGCUCGAUCUAGUGGAUGUUAUCAUGGGAGCAUCACGAGUGUGCAUCAAUUGGUUCCUUGCCUCUCACAACAAAACUUUGUGGAAAACAAUCAAACUUAACGAGCUUGAUUCGAUCAUCUUGGAUAACCCAAAAGAGCCAAGUAUGCAAGAUAGUGUUAUAGAGAAACGUCGAUACCAUCUUAUGAAUAUCUUGAUUGAGAUAAACAAUUUCAGCCGUAAUGUCCCCAUAAAUUUAUUCUUCAACAGAUACACCAUUAUACUAGAAGAGGAUCUAACGUUCAUUUCUGAGAGGAUGCCAAACAUCAAUAGACUUGCGUUACCAAUGUGGAAACCUCUAAGUCAAAAUUCAUUUCGGUCAGCUUUUAGUAAAUGGAAGAAUCUCAAAACGUUGAUCUUAGGACCAUUUCAACCCCUAAAUGAUUCCUCCACCGCCAGAGAUCAAUUUGAGCUUCAAACUAUCGGAGAAACCUGUAGAAAUCUUACCACCAUAAAACUGUUUAGAAUGUUGAGCAAAAUCAGAGCCAAUGAUUUUAUUCGUUACCUUCCUAACCUUGAGAGAGUGAGCUUUCGGCGCCAGAAUGUCUGUAGAGAAGCAGCUACAUCGCUUAUCAUCGGCCUUCCAAACCUCAAGAUUCUUAAUCUCACACAUUGUAGAUUCUCGGAACUACAGAGAGGUGAGAAUUACGAAUCAGAUAUGACACCUAGUGAGGAACUUAUAAGAAUUGGCACUGAGAAGCUUGACAAAUUGAUAGUGUGUUGUUCGGACUGCCCAAUUUGCCAAGAUAUCUGGAAACACAGGUUUCGUCAGCGUGACCCUUAUAAGGAUCACAACUCUAAGGAGAAGUUGUGGAAAAGUGAUGAGAUAGAGGAACUUGCAUAUUAAACGUAAAGAGAAAAAAGAAAAGAAAAGUUUUUUUUUUUUUUUUGUGCUACUUUGCUCCCCCAUUUCUUAUUGUAACAUGUAAAAUUAUACUCCUAUAUAAAAUUUAUUAAAAUAUGA